AUGGCAUUUCAAUCAAGUUAUUCUAAAGAAAGACAACUUUUAUCACCACAAAACCAACAAAAACUUUAUGAAUUAAUAAGUCAAUUAAAAAGAUCAAGAAAUAUUAAGAUAGGAUAUAACGAAACAACUAAAUCUAUUAACAAAGGAACAGCAAUUCUAGUUGUAUUAGCAGAUGACUGUGAUCCAAAGUGUUUAACUGAAGCAGUUGCAUGUAAUUGUGAAAAUGUAGGAAAAGAAUAUAGAUAUGUUUCAUCAAAAUCAGCAUUAGCUAAAGCGUGUAAUUUAAGUAAUAAUGUGAUCUCUUGUGCUAUAUUUUGUGAGAAAGAAUACGAUAAUUCUAAAAUAAUUCAAUCUCUAUCAAAGACUUUGAAAUAA